AUGUGUCUCUUCCAAGUAGUCUUGAUAACACAGCACAGUUAUUCUCCACUUAUUCCAAACUCCUUAUCAUUAACAGGCACCAAGAAAAAUGAUGUUAAUUUUACCUUAGUGACCAAAUUUAUACUUUUGUGAUUGACGAAUCAUGCUGACAUUAAAGUGGUCCUCUUCCUUUUGUUCCUACUCAUCUAUACUAUUUCCUUGGUGGGAAAUUUUGGAAUACUUGUUCUAAUCCAAAUAACACCCAAACUCCAAACACCCAUAUAUCAUUUCCUGAGCUGCCUGUUAUUCAUUGGCAUUUGCUAUUCAUCAGUCUUUGCAUCCAAAAUUCUGCUGAACUUCUUUGUUGAACCAGGGACAAUCUCUUUUUGGGCAUGCAUUGUGCAAUAUUUUUUAUUUGUAUCAAUCCUUAACUCGAAGGCUUUCUUGCUGGCAGGAAUGGCUUAUGACUGCUAUGUGGCCAUUGUGAACACUUUGCUUUAUACAGUGGCUAUGGCAAAAGUAGUUUGUGUUGUACUGGUCAUUGGCUCCUGUGUGGGAGGUUUAAUAAUCUCAUUGACACACAUUAUUGGUUUGCUGAAAUUGUCUUUCUGUGGAACAAACAUCAUCAGGCACUUCUUCUAUGACCUUCCCCCACUGCUGAAGCAGUCAUGUUCUGACACAUCCAACAAUGAAUUGUUGCUUUUAAUCUUCUCUAGCAUUAUUGUCAUGAUAACUUUCAUGACUGUUAUGAUCUCCUACAUCUUCAUUGUUGCUGCCAUCCUGAGGGUCCACUCAGCAGCAGGUAGACACAAAGCCUUCUCCACCUGUGCCUUACAUCUCAUGGCUAUGACUUUAUUCUAUGGCUCUAUAAACUUCAGUUACAUUCAACCAAGUUCCCAAUUUGCCUUAGAUCAAGAAAAAGUGAUAUCUGUGUUUUAUACCCUGAUGAUUCCUAUGUUAAACAUCGAUUUAUAUAGCCUAUGGAACAGGGAAGUGAAUGAUGAAGUGAAAAGGGCUAAAGAAAUGAAAUACAUCCCUUGUUAA